GUAUCCAUUGUGUAACUAUUUGGGGCCUUCUGCUGCAGUGUUGCCGUGUUCGUAGUUUUCCAGCAAAUCAAGCUACUUUGAAAACGUUGUCGCGGCUGAAAAUGUAUUGGUCGCGGGUUGCGGGUUUUUGGGUUAUGUCUAUGUUGCACCGCGGCCGCCAAGGCAUACUGCUCAUAAAAAUAUAUAUUUCACUGUGACCUGCUCCUGACUGUCAUGCAGUGAGAAAGGCUGUUGCUGGACAGACAGGAUGGAUUUCGGAUUUCGCUGCCCCGUUAUCCUUUGCCUAACCCUGGCGGUUUUGGCCUCGGUUCUGGCCGAUUUGGAUGACACUUUAAUGGGGGCACCCGGGUCUUCUGUCCGUUUGUCGGAAAACGACCCAGGUUUGAAGAAGGCACUGAAGUUUGCAGAGGACCGCUAUAACAUGGGGUCCAAUACGAUGCACGUUCGUAGAGUUAGCAAGAUCCUCUCUGCCAGUAAACAGCUGGUGAAGGGAAUCCGAUACAACAUCAUGGUGGAGCUAAGUAACACCCAGUGUAAGAAGGCUGCCAGACUGAUGACCUGUGACUUCUACCCAGAGGAACACAACCUGAAGACGGAGGUGUGUGUGUUUGAGGUCUGGGACAUUCCCUGGGAGAGGAAGUCCACCCUGCUCAAACAGAAAUGUCAGCCAGCAGUUGAUCCCAAACCAGUUGAGACCAACAAAGUAGAAUUUCUGUCCCUCUCCACCAGCAAACCAGUUGAGGAGACAGAGUAUUUAGUGGAGCUUCUGGGUCAGUUCAAAGAGUUCAUGGUCAGAUACAAUAGGACUUACAGCAGCAAAAAGGACACUGAGCGGCGGCUGCGUAUCUUCCAUGAGAACCUGAAGACCGCUGAGAAGCUCCAGUCUCUGGAUCUGGGCACAGCCGAGUACGGGGUCACCAAGUUCAGCGACCUCACAGAGGAGGAGUUUAGGACUCUGUACCUAAACCCCCUGCUGAGCCAGCAGAAAUUUCAGCGGUCCAUGAAGCCUGCAGCCAUGACCCACGGCCCCGCCCCGCCUAGCUGGGACUGGAGAGAGCAUGGAGCUGUCAGCCCUGUCAAGAACCAGGGCAUGUGUGGUUCUUGCUGGGCAUUCUCAGUGACAGGAAACAUUGAGGGCCAGUGGUUUGUGAAAACGGGUAAACUAGUGUCUCUCUCUGAGCAAGAGCUGGUGGACUGUGAUACUGUGGACCAGGCCUGUGGGGGCGGGCUUCCAUCAAAUGCAUAUGAAGCCAUCGAGAAGCUGGGUGGUCUGGAGACAGAGACUGACUACAGCUACACCGGCAAGAAGCAGAGCUGUGACUUCACCACCGACAAAGUCACUGCCUACAUCAACAGCUCCGUGGAGCUGUCCAAGGACGAGAACGAAAUUGCUGCUUGGCUGGCUGAGAAUGGACCAGUAUCUGUGGCCCUGAACGCCUUCGCAAUGCAGUUUUACAGGAAGGGCGUGUCCCACCCUCUGAAGAUCUUCUGCAACCCCUGGAUGAUUGACCAUGCAGUGCUGCUCGUGGGCUACGGAGAACGUCAAGGCAAACCUUUCUGGGCCAUCAAAAACAGCUGGGGAGAGGACUAUGGAGAACAGGGUUACUACUACCUGUACAGAGGAUCCAGGCUCUGUGGAAUCAACAAGAUGUGCUCAUCUGCUAUUGUGAACUAGGCGAUAUGACACACACACACGUGAUCUGAAUAAUAUUUUAUUUCAAUCUUCACCUGGGAUAAAAAACAAACAAAUCCUACACCCCCCCCCCCCAAACAUAUACACACACACUACCUACAAACUGACAGAACUGCAACGUUACUCAUCCCCUACCCCCCCUAAUUGUGUAGUCAGAACACUGCACAAUGCACUGGAAGACCUGCUGACAGCUUACUUAAAUAGGGGAAGCAGCAUUUGUUCAUACCCCAUUCUUCUCUUUCAAAACAAACCAGCUCCGAUGAAGCUAUAGUUCUAAGGUAACACUGAUCUUUUGUUGUGAUUUUACUACUAGCCUUUAAGGAUAUUUUAAUUGAAUUGCUGUGUUUUAGGCAGAGGUCAUUUCGGUCAUCUCUUUACAAUAACAGAGUCUAAAUGAUAAAGGGGAUGUCAUAUAUUUAGACUUCAGUCAUGCUGUUUAGUGUCCGUUAUGUUCCUCUGCAUCUGACUACUCUGUGCGGAUGCUCUAGUGUAGAAUUAAUGCUUGUGCAUUUUUGCUAGACUUUUUGUCUGUUGUAACAUGUUCUGUGCAAUGCCACAUAACGUCAAUCUCUCCCCUCAGUUUAAAAUUUACAACUUCACUGUGCAAGUACUUAUAAUGAAUGGGUUUGCAUGUUUUUAUUUUAUUUUAAAAGGAUCAUACAUUGACUGAUGUGUAGCCUAUUAACUGUUAAAUAUUGCAGUGCUGUGUAACUAGACAAACUAAGGUUUAAUAAAAAAAAGAUCAUAUCCAUUA